AUGAUGAAGGUCAUAGAUGCAGUGCGCCUUCUUUGCCGGAGCGACAGCGAGGCCGACACCAAAGCCGUCGUCAAGGCUCUUAACAAGAUCGCGGCGCCGGGCAUUGGGACCUUCUCCAAUGCCCUCACGGUGCUCAACCCGGACACCGUACCGACUUACUCCAAGAAGUCGUGUAAGGGCGUCAAGGGGCUCGGCAAGACGGAAUUUGCUCCCAAACUACGUGUCGCGUGUGUGCUUGUGGCGCACGGGUUGAAGCUGGAAAAGUGGGUCGUCGACAUGUUUCCAGACACUUGGGAGGAGCAGAUGGUGAAGACUUUGGCCGACAUGGCCAACGAGAACGCCGCUGGGCAGCGGCCUCCGACCAAGACACAGGUUAAGCGUAAGAAGACCGCGUGA